AUGGAAGUAUUUAAACGAUUUGAGAAAACUAUCGAAGUGGUUGAUACACCUGGUUUAUUCGACACUCACAAAACUGAGCGCGAAAUACAUAAAGAACUCAUUCGAUCACUUCUUCUCACAACGCCUGGUUUUCAUGCAAUAGCGUUUGUGCUCGAACAAGGUCGGUUUACAGAAGAGCUUGUAAAAACAAAGAAUUUAUUUUUCGAUUGGUUUGGCAGAGGUGUGGAGAAAUAUUCAUGUAUAAUUCUAACCAAAACGGAAGACGAAAAAUCUUUAGAAAAAUAUAUUUCGGCUGAUACAACAGAAGGUUUGGACGACUUGAUUGACAAAUGCGGUGGCAAGCUAAGAAUAGCACCAAUCGAAAAUACAUCACCUGACAUAGAACGAAAAGAGGCGCAAGUUAAACGAAUCCUAGACAUGGUGGAAGAGAUAAAGAGUACUAACAGCAACACCCAUUUUACAAAUGUUGUAUUCCAGUUAGCCACUGUUUAUGCUACCAACUGGUGCUCAGAAGAAAUCUCUAAGCAUUCAAUUAACAUUUUAAUGAAAACUGGUGUAGAAAUUACUAAAACACAACGUAAAAUUUUUGAAGCCAUAGAAGAUAAUGAUGUGACCAAUAGUAUUCCAAGUGGUUCGGAUUCUGCUAAAGAAAAAGAGAAGAUCAACCGAAGAAAAGAUAGAAAAAUUGAUAUAAAUUCAGUACGCGUCGAGUAUCCAUCUGGUAACAGCGGGGAUAAACCUGACGAUGAUGAUAGCACAUACGUUUCAGAAGAUCAAACAGGUAUAGAUUUUGGAGCUGCAGAGAGGGUCAGUCUACACAAGUUCAAAAGAGACUAUUCGAGUGGACGAAGAGAUGAAUCUGGGUUUUUCAAUUUUUGUAGAAAAGCAUGGAAUUCUAUCAGGAGGCAACUCUGUUGUAUGAUAUUAUAA